AUGUCGUCAUCGAAUUCUCCCUGUGCGGCUUGCAAAUUUCUCCGGCGGAAGUGUAUGCCGGAAUGUGUAUUUGCACCUUAUUUUCCGCCGGAUAAUCCUCAAAAGUUUUCUAAUGUUCAUAAGGUGUUUGGAGCGAGUAAUGUUUCGAAGAUUCUGAAUGAUUUGAGUCCAAAUAAUCGAGAGGAUGCGGUUAGUUCAUUGGCUUUUGAAGCGGAGUUUCGUUUAAGAGAUCCAGUUUAUGGUUGCGUUGGAUUAAUCUCUUCACUUCAGAAACGAAUUAGUCAAAUUCAGCAAAAUUUACAUGUGGCGAAGAAGGAAUUAGCUACUUAUAUUGAUCCAACAGUGAUGUUACAGACUGUUCCUCAUUCUGGUUAUCAUCUUCAUCAACAGCAGCAUAUGAACAAUCAUCCAUCUCAGGUUUCGGCUAUGGGAUUUAACAUGCAACAGAUGUUUGCCGUUCAAAAUCAAAAUCCUGUUUCUCAACAUCAACAUAUGAUUGAGACGUCGCAACAACUAGCGAUGGAGAGUUUUCAGCAACAACAACAACAAUUACAAUCGCAUGAACUUGUGAAGUUUAAUAUUAAUGGAUAUGAUCAGUCUGGACAAGUUGGAUUCAACUUGAUGGAUCCAUCUCCAUCUUUGGCUUUGGGUGGUGGUGGUGAUGGUGGUUCAUUUGAGGGUGUUUAUAAUAAUAAUAAUAACCAUCAUCAUCUUCUUCAUCAGCAGCAGCAUGAACAAUCUAAGAUUCAAAAUCUGCAUUUUCAGUCCCAACUUAUGAUUAAUCAACAACAACAACAACAUCAGAGUUCUUCACAACAUGCACAUGAUAUGUUACUCCAACCGAAAUCUGUAAACGAGUGA